ACUUCGACUUCGACCCCGCGAACGUCGCCCUUCCUCCCGACACCUUUCGAGAGAAUCACUCUGGCGUUAUUCCCCGCCGUUCUUGUGUUCGGAACCAUCUUCUCCAUUGUGUCUCCGGACACGCGCGCCGCGCCAUACGACCACGUUGCGCAAGCCCACGUCCAAGACAUCAAAGUCGCCCCGAGCUACUUUGCGCUCAAGUCCAACAUCUUCAACGUCGUCUUUGUCAAGAGAGGCUGGGCAUGGAUUACAGUCGCCUUUGCGCUCUUCAUCUUUACACACCCGAGUACCGCCGACGCGGGACGUCGACUCCGCGCAGUAUAUCGAUGGGCAGCUGUGACGACUGUCUGGAUCCUCGUUACGCAGUGGUGCUUUGGCCCCGCUCUGAUCGACCGCGGCUUUCGAUGGACGGGUGGUCGAUGCGAACUCGCUCGGAGGGAGAUUGAGAUGGGUGAUAGCGGCCUUGGGGAGAUGGUGACAUCUGUGGCCUGCAAAGCAGCCGGUGGCAAGUGGAAGGGCGGCCAUGACAUAUCAGGCCAUGUGUUUCUCCUCAGCCUCGGUACUGCAUUCCUUUUCCAGGAAGUUGGCUGGGCAGUUGGGCGAUGGCUCGGGCAGGACGAGGAGAGAUGCGUUGUCAUGCCGGAUGGAGCUCUCAAGAGCGCCAACGUCGAGGCUGAGACAUCCCAGGAGUACGUGGAAGAGCCGACUCUUGGAGUGGGAGGCAAGUUUGCUGUCGGUGUUAUGGGUCUGAGCGUGUGGAUGCUGCUGAUGACGGCCAUUUACUUCCACACUUGGUUCGAGAAGUUUACGGGACUCUUGACCGCCGCUAUAGGCUUCUACAUUGUGUACAUUGUGCCUCGAUUUGUGCCUGCUGUCAGACAGGUCAUCGGGCUCCCAGGGAUAUAG